AAAUGAAGAAAGAGACUGCACUGCCACAAAACCACGUGAGAGAGCAAGUAAGCCUCACCCAUUUAAAUUAUUUAGGUAAGGUUAGGUUGCAUUGCCUCCCCCCUUUUGAGCAAAAGCAAGCACUCAACCUUUAUAGGACAAUGUCCUUUUUCUCCUGCAGAGCCAGACACGCCAUACUUGUAGCUGCAAUCACCACUAGCUUGUUUGUCUCAUUCAUUAGCAGCUACCUAAAACAAGACAGCAAGACAUGCCACAUGUUGUGUCACUUGCAAUGCAGCAACAACAGAAAGACAGCAAAUGGGAGCCAAUCCUUGUUGAGGCCGCCCAGUCUACUUAUUCCCAGCAAUAUGAAGCCUCUAACUAAAAUGAGUCGCCAUGGAAAGGCACAAUUGGAUCAAGUACUGAAGACUAAAGGGAUUGCAAAUUUAGACAAGUUCUCUCUCUCUCGAUACUAUCAAUGCCCACCCUCAAAAGCAGCCAAAAUGCUUCAAGAUAAAUCCAGUGAAGAGACUUGCUUUAAGCAACGUGCUUUCCAGGACAAGAACCACUCAUUAGUGGCUUUAGCCAGCUUUCAAGGCUCAGGUAAUACAUGGGUAAGACAUUUACUGGAGCAGGCAACAGGGAUCAACACUGGAUCGAUAUACUGUGACACAACACUUAAAGCAGCCUUUCCAGGAGAAUAUAUUGUGAGUGGAAGUGUUCUUGUUGUGAAAACACACCAUCCAGACACGAUUGCCCUCCCUGUUGAGGCCAGGGAUCCUUUAAAGCAACAAAAGUUUGAUAAAGCAGUUGUCAUUGUACGGGAUCCAUUUGAUGCAUUGGUAAGCGAAGCAAAUAGACGAUGGAAUUCGAAAUAUCGUGCAGAGAAACAUCUUGGACUUGCUAAAGAAUCAUCAUUCAUAAGUAAUCCAAAGUGGGACUGGUACGUGGAAUACAAAGGAAUGUCGUGGCUGGUCUUUCUUAAUACCUGGCUCAAAGAAUCAAACAUUCCACAUGUCGUCAUUCAAUACGAAAAACUCAAAGAGAACGUGACACUAGAGCUAAGCAAAGCAUUGGAGUUUCUAGGACAUCAUGUGGAGAAGGAGAGGCUGAAUUGUGUUGAGAGGAAUGGAGAAGGAUUUUUUAAGAGACAAACUCAUUUGAACUUUGAUCCGUUUGGCUCCGAGAACAAAAAAUCGGUUAAUAGGAUCAUAGAACAAUCAAGAGACAUUUUAAAAAGAUAUAACAUUCACUACAGGACAAGAUGACAACAGACAAAAUGAUGAAACGGACAUGCAUACAAAUUAUUUCUUAUUAUUAUAAUUUUUUAUUAUAAUUUCGUUCUGUCAUUUUUAAGAGCCUCAAAUUGAA